CUCUCCCUCACAAGCAAACUAUUUCGUAUCCCUUGAAUCUCCAUCAAUGGGCCAAACCGUCACAGAAAAUGGCAGCGUGGCCGCUGCUCGUCCUCCAGCAACGCGAUCUCACCGGAGCUCGCUCUCUUCUUCUCAGAUGGAGGUCCUCGCCGCCCUGUGCGACACUUUCCUCCCCUCCGUCGACCUCCCCAGCGGUGACGACGACGGCACAACUCCUGACGCCGUCGCUACAUUCUACCGGACCUCAUCCUCCAUGGCCGGAACUCCGCAAGAGGUUGGAGAAAUGAUAACGCAGAGGCUGCAGCAUCCGAAGCUUCUGCUGAUCCGGCUGGCAAUAUGGCUGUUGUCCACGUGGAUUGGAACGUUCGUACUGUGUGGAAGAAGAAGCUUGUCAAGCCAUUUUCCUUUCUUCCAGAGGUUUUCAAAAGUUUCCCGAGAAAAUAGGGAGGAAAUAGUGAGGUCAUGGUCUUUCAGCUUCUUCUCUCUUCUCAGAAUGCUCUUCCUGGGCUCCAAGAUGAUCACUCUACUUGUUUUCUUCACUCAGGUAAACGACAGGGGUGAGAACCUGUCAUGGAAAGCUAUAGGCUACCCUGGACCAGACCCAGACUUGAAAACAGAUCCUCCGAAAGCAAAAACAUCAGAAGCAAUGGCAUCUUCAAUUCCGGGAGAUCAGGAAAAGGAAGAAGACGCAAACAAAGAAGAUCUCUUUGGACCUCUUCAUAAGGGCCUCAUUAACCUGAACAGCCCAAAACAAAUAGUUGCAGAGACACUGCAGAGAUCAGGUUUUCCAGUCUCAAUUCCCCCCGGGAAAAGCAAAACAAGUUCACUCAAUCCUUCUUUGAUCAUCAAGUGUGAUGCAGUUGUCAUCGGUUCAGGCUCAGGCGGCGGUGUUGUUGCCGGGGUACUGGCAAAAGCUGGCUACAAAGUGCUGGUCUUAGAGAAGGGGAAUUAUUAUGCCAGAAGCAGUCUUUCACUUCUUGAAGGGAAAAGUAUGAAGCAAAUGUACAUGGGAAAUGGGUUGCUGGCAACUGAUGAUAUGGGUGUCGUACUACUUGCAGGUUCUACUGUGGGUGGAGGUUCCGCAAUAAAUUGGUCGGCUUCAAUUCGGACGCCUACGAACGUAUGCAAGGAAUGGAGUGAAAAGUACGAGCUAGAACUAUUUGACAGUAGGGUAUACGAAGAAGCGAUGGAUAUUGUCUGCAAGAGAAUGGGGGUUCAAGAUGAAUGUAAAGAUGAAGGAUUUAAUAAUGCAGUUUUGAGAAGAGGGUGUCAUGAAUUGGGUUAUCCAGUGACUGAUAUACCUCGAAAUGCAUCCGCGGAUCACUAUUGUGGUUGGUGUUGUUUUGGCUGCAGAGAUGGAAGAAAGAAAGGUACCUCAGAGACCUGGUUAGUGGACUUGGUGAAUUCAGGCAAUGGUUUGAUUCUUCCAGGCUGCGAGGCCAUAAAAGUGCUGCACAAGCAAAAGAAAGGAAGAGAUAGAAGCAUUGCAACGGGGGUUGCUUUCAGAUUCCAAUGUAAUGGAAGGAGAGAAACUUACAUUGUUCAGUCUAAGGUAAGUAUUGUUGCUUGCGGUGCUCUCAGUACUCCACCGCUGCUGAGAAGGAGCGGCCUAAAGAAUCGAAACAUUGGCAGGAACCUCCAUCUCCAUCCUGUCACGAUGGCUUGGGGGCUCUUCCCGGAAACGCCUUCCUCCAAUUCAUGGCCAGAACCAUACAAGAAGAGCUAUGAAGGAGGGAUAAUGACGGCAAUGUCAACAGUCGUUGCAAAUUUUGAAACAUCUGCCUAUGGUGCCGUAAUUCAGACACCCUCAUUGCACCCUGGUAUGUUCUCUGUUCUCACUCCAUGGAUUUCUGGUAUUGAUAUUAAAAAACGGAUGUGCAAGUUUUCAAGAACUGCCCAUGUAUUUGCAUUGGCAAGAGAUAAAGGAUCAGGGGAGGUCCUUUCACCAAGCUCUAUCAGUUAUCGGAUGGGCAGCAUUGAUGAAGACAAUCUACAGAAGGGAUUAGAGAAGGUCUUGAGGAUACUAGCAGCAGCAGGAGCCGAAGAAAUUGGAACUCAUCAUCUCAAGGGAAAGACCCUAAAAGUGAAAGAGGUAAGUUCGAAUGAGUUUGACAGGUUUGUCAAGGAGGAGAGUUCCAGGCCAUUGAAAGAUCUCCUAACACCAAUAUGCUCGGCGCAUCAGAUGGGGAGUUGCCGAAUGGGGAUUGACCCCAAGUGCUCAGCGGUUAAUCAGAUGGGGGAGACAUGGGAGGUAGAGGGGCUGUUUGUGGCAGAUUCGAGUGUCUUUCCUACGGCUUUAGGAGUGAAUCCAAUGGUCACAAUUCAGGCAAUUGCCUACUGCACUUCCCAGUCUGCGCUUGAGGUUCUGAGGAAGAAGAUCAGGUAAAUCAAAUAAAACUUCCAAAGUUCGAGAAGCCUGAAAAAUGAAUAAAUAAACCAGUUAUAUUGGCUCCUUCAUUGAAAAGAAUUAAUGAGGCCUUAGUUCUUUUGAGAAUAGAAA